AUGAGCCAAGUAGCGGGAGACAGCAGCAGCAGGCCCGGGAAGUCGAAGCAGGUGGCGAACGAUCCUGGGCUAAGAAGAGCGCGAUACAGCGGAGAGAAAGAUAGGAAGGAACGGCGGCGAGCGCGGAAGUGUGCCGGCCGUCGAGCUGCUUACCGGAAGGGGUGCGAAAAAGCGGGCAAGCUGCGCCGGAAGGGGGUAGCCCGGGCUUCUCGCGAAGGCCUCAAAAUUUCGGACGCGACGGCGGCCCUGGACCUACGUGCCCAGACGCAAACCCAACCCGAUUUUGGUUUGGACCAUCACCAGCAGCAACAUCACCAUCAACAGCAGCAGCAGCAACAACAACAGCAGCAGCAGCAUCCACAGCAGCAACAUCAGCAGCAACAGGGCCAAAAUCCAGAGUCGCGUCCACACCAUCACCUUCAACAACAUCAUCAUCAUCAGCAUCAUCCCGGAAAUCAUCUCCACUCUGGCGAUUCGGGGGGUGGGAUAGGAGGUGGAGGAGGUGGCGGUGGACCCGGUGGAGGUGGCGGUGGCGGUGGCGGAAGUGGCGGCGGUGGAAGUGGCGGUGGUGUUGCUGGUGUUGCUGGAGGAGGAGCGGCUGGGCCCGAAACGGACAGAGGUGUUAGGAUCCACGACGAAGACGACGAGGACAUCACGGAGAGAGAGGACGAGGAGGAAGACGAGGAUCCUUGUAGCUCGCCCGAACCAGACCUCGAAAACGAAACGGAACCCAUGGAGGUGCAAGCCUCGGCCGUCACAGCGGCGGCCGCGAAUCUUCACGCGCUGCGGCAACAUGUCUUUAAGAUGUCCGACUAUUGGCAACAGCCACAACGAGGGCCACCUCAGCCUUCGCCGGGGUUACAACACAGCCCUAUCUCGAAUUCGUCUCAACAACAGCAACACCAGCAGCAAGUGCAACAGAUGCACAGUCCGCUCGGUCAGCAGCAACAGCAACAGCAGCAACAGCAGACCGGCGUUUCGCAGGUGCAGCAGACCGCUAACUCGGGAUUAGGACAGACCGCCAGUCCGCAGCAGCAGAUGCAGCAACAACAACAGCACGCGAUGUCCAUGGGCCAACAAACGGGUCAAGGAGCACAGCAUCAGUCUUCUCCGGCACCGGCGACGCCGUCACCGCAAGCCGACCAUCAGGGUGCCAUCGCGUCCAGCAUGGCCCAGAGUCUUCACAGCCUAGCACAGGCACAACAAACCAUGUCCCAAGCGUCCAGUCCGUCGCUGGCUGUUCAAGCGGUCCAGGCAGCUCAGGCGCUCAAUCAGAACCUGGGACAGGCGUUGACUCAAGCUCUCACGCAGAACAUGCAACAGAACCUGGGACAAACUUUGCAACACAAUCUUGCGCAAAGUCUGACACCGAGCCUAUCGCCACAACAACAACAGCAACUGCUCAACCAGCCGCAGAAUCUUAGCCAGGCUAGCCAGAACCUGCAACAGAACAUCCAAAGUCAGGCGCAAAAUUUAUCGCAAUCGUUGCAGCAACAGGCUCAAAAUUUAACCCAAAACCUCGGCCAGAGUCUAAGUCAGCAGGCGCUACAACAACAAGCAGCGCAAAACCUCACGCAAAAUUUGCAGCAACAAGCUCAAAAUCUGACGCAAAAUCUGCAACAACAGGCGCUCAGCAUGGCCGGGAGCAUCGCGCAAAACGGGGCCCUCGCCGGAAUGAACAUGUCAGCAAACCAGCAACAAAACUCCCAGAACUCGAUGCUGAGUCCAGGAGCGACGAGCCAGGACUCCCAUGACGCCAGCCUGACGGAAAAACUUGUCAAUGAGCUACAGUCUCGUGCCUCUGCGGCGGGACUUGGCGGUGCGGGAGGCGCCGGCGGAGGCGGAGGAAUGGGCAACAUCAGCGAACGCACCCUCGAGGAAUGCUGGUCCACCCUGCAACGAAUCUUCAUGCACAAAAGCGCGAUGCAGAUGCACGCGAGGGAGCUCGGCGCGGCGGGUGCACUGACGGGGAGAGCUGGCGGCGGCGUGGCGGGCGGACUGGCAGGCCUGGGUCCGAUCGGCGUCGGACCGGGCGGCAUGAUCGCCGGCAACGAGGUAAAGCCACACCAGUGCCAGCAAUGCCUCAAGUCAUUCUCUAGCAACCACCAGCUCGUACAGCACAUCAGGGUCCACACCGGCGAGAAACCGUACAAAUGCAGCUAUUGCGACCGCAGGUUCAAGCAGUACUUUUAG